UUAUCUGCCUGUCUUUCUUUCUGCCUGUCCUGCGUUCUUCCUGUAUUGUCCUCUGUGUCUGUCUGUUACUCCAUCUGUCUUUCUGUUUCUAUUUGUCUGCAUCUGUAUCUCUGUUUAUCUGUCUGUCUGUCUCGACCGUCCGAGGCAGGCUUCCCUUGAAAGUGAGAAAGUUCUUCUGUUUCAUCUGUUGGCUGUGUAACUGAAGGGGUUUCCCUGCUAGCGUCAGGUGAAGGAAAGACCUAUAGUUCGCCAACUUGCUUAGAUCGUGAUCUUUAAUUUACGCUCAUCUCUUAUUUAUAUACUCAAGUCAUGUGAUGUGGUGGCAUGUGAUAGUGAUAGGCUAGUUUAGUGUUGGGUUUGUCCUUGUUUAUCUGAAACCUUAUUUUAUUGACGAGGCACGCAACUCAGCAAAACCGUUAGAUAUCCAUUCAGAUGAGGCCCUCCAAGAAGAUAGACGGAUGAGUCAAGCUUAUACUAAAACAAAUACAAGACGUCCUGUCUGCUAGGUUGGCUAAUGCUACUGCGUAACAUAGCAUGAGUGAUUGGUGUUAUAAGCAGCAGAAGGGAAGUGCUGCUGGGUGGCGUCAUGUCUGUGUUGAGCAAGGGGGGAGCUGGUCCCAGGAACCCUUUAGCAACACACCCACUGGAUUCUAAAUAAACUGGCCUGAUAGACCUUAUUCACCUAGAGGCCUGCCCGGCUCCAUCUUGGCUAUAAACGCUAGCUGGGUUGGCGGAACUGAAUGCGGAACUCCACAUUUGCUACCCCAACCCGGAUAGCGUUGAGAACCAAGAUGGCCUCCUUGUCAAUAUGGCCUAAUUCAACCAAACAUUCAAGGCACUUUCUUGAUGACCUCGAUGACUUGCAGGCAUUCAUUUAAACUAAACACUGCUACCAGAGGCAGUGUGUGGCUGCUUGUGGUCACACAAGGACCUGUCUAGGGGUGAUGUCAUUUUGGAAAAGACAUCUGCUCCAUGUUCUUUGGAUGGAUAAUUACUCAAUUAUGCAUUGUGAUGAAGACCGUUUAGGAAAGUGUAAAACAAAAUAAGUGAUAGAUGGGAAAGAUAGAAGAGAAACAUCCUUCCACAGAUAGGAAUGAUGUUUGAAUGGGAUAUUCGUGAUAAUCUUUCAAUCGUAAAUAAUGGGUUCCUGUCUCCUAUCUUUUCAUUGGAGUGAAUGGUAUUAUAGUAAUAUAUUUGGACCCCAACCCUAACUGGAAGUAUAAGGGGCUUACCAAAUGUUAUCAAUCUAGCACUUACAUGUAGCUACUCCAGUAAAGCAGGUGUCACUUUCCUUCCCUGUAAUAUGUCCGUAUCAGGACAUAUUAUGUUCAGGACCCUACUUUUUUUUUUUAACAGACUAUUUUUGAAAUAGCAUGCUGCAGCAUUAGCUGAUGUCACACCCAAAUGGCUCUAAUUAUUUUUGCUUUGCGGCAGAAGGGCAGUAUAUUUGUCAUUCGGCGUUUGGACAAACCAGUUAGUAAUGACUAACUGAAGCCAGAGUUAAUUAGUUCAUAUCAUUAGGUAAUAACAACAACUCUAAUUACCUUAUAAUAAUUUAGAUCAUUUAACACACCCAAUACUUUUCCGUCACUCAGACUGAAAACUUAAACCAGAACACAUUUAUUUUCAAAAUAAUUUAUCAGGACAAAUGAAGUCUGCUUUUAACCUGAGUUUAACAUGAUUGUGACCUUGGACUUGACACGUAUCCUCACUUUCUAUUUUAUCUAGUUCCUGAUUCUUAGUAGAGAAACACGUUAAUUGUGGAAAAAUAACAUUAAGCUCUUGCUUUACAAGUUGCCCUUGAAUUGUUCUUUGCAUUAGUGCGAUAGCAUGAGGUUAGAUAAUUUAUAAGCAUUCAAUGAGUUACAAGAAUUGGAGUGGUUCAUCAGGCUGAAUAAGUUAGCGCUACAUGGGUCUUGAGCAUAAGAGUGAUUGUAUAAAGCUAGAUCGGUUAGCGUUCUGGGUCACGAGCAGUAGCCUCAUUGGUCAGUGGAGGUGGUAUGAGAGCUGUGGGUCGAUAUGCCCUCUAUGGGUGGCUGAUGAGAGGGUCCAUAGUGAAGGUGUCUGGCUCCGAGCCCAGACAUGCCAUGUGGGCUUCAGAUGGUCGGGAAGAAUGAGAGGAGAAGGGAGCAGACUUACUCUUCCCUGCUGUGAAUGGUAGCUGGAACAGCAUUCUUGCUCAGUUACUCUUUCUCCAGAUCCUCCUCUAUUUGCCCCUAUUUAUUUUCACACUUUCUGCAUUUCUUGUAUUUAUCUUUUCCCUCCGUCUUUUCUUUCUUUUCUUUAUUCAGCGAUAAGAUUCUUUACUUUACAAAACAUGCAAACAAAAAAAAAAUCUGUUUUUCCCAACCUAACCAAGAUCUGCUGAGGCUUCUUUUUUCUCUCCUCUUUCUGUUUUCUCAGGAUGUGAAAUGAGACAAGCGUUAGCGUCAGAGUGACUGAUCUAGGCUAAUAAAAUCUCCAGAUGCCAGCAGUUGUCAUCAGUCAGUCAGGCUCAGUCACUAAGUCACACUGGAUCUGGUUGGCUCCCGACCGCAGCAGCAGCGCCACUUAAUCAACGCCACUAUAUACUUUUCAGCGUUUCGCCAACUCCCGAGGACCUUGUUGCGGUCAAAGUCACCGUCGCCUCUGGGAGUGAAGAAAGUUCCCUCUUGUCUCGGCACUUAAGUUGUUGUUUUUCUCCGUGCCGCGUGUCUCUCUGCCGCCCCUGGCUCGCCUCUCCUGGCCCUCCUCUCCCCAGCGCUUGUCGUGGGAAAGACUGAAAUUACAUCGCUCUCAUGGUGGACUAUUUUCAGCUCCCAGGGAGAGUGGCAGAGGGCAAGCGACAGGUUCUCUAGUCUCGUGGUGCUCAGAAGAGCAGGAGCGUCUCUCUCUCGGUGCGCACAUCUGAAACCGUCCGCGGGAGGCUUGUUGUCGUCCUCUUUUUCUUUUUUUAAACCGCACUAGCGCUUUGGCGUUUCGACGGGCCGAGGUGUGGAAGAAUGCUGUGCGCCACAUCGCCAGAUCAGGAGCCCGAUGACAACACAUCCUUCUACAUCCACGAUGUGGGCCAGCCACAGUCCAUGGUUAGCAGCCACCAGUCUGUGGGCCUGCCCCAUUCAGCCGUCUCAAACCACCAGUCUAUGGGUCUGCCACGCCAUAGCAUGCAGGCUUACUCCCAGCUUAUCAACACGUCACCACGCCUGCAGCCACACAAACAGGCCUGCGAGUCCCACAGCUACGACGGCCUACACGAGCCCAAGUACAGCACAUCUCCCCUGCUACCCCACACCCCCACGGGCCCUCCCAAGGCCUUUGAGUGUCCCAGCAUCCAGAUCACCUCCAUCUCGCCCAGCUGUCAGCAGGGGAUGGGCGCCAGUCAGGAGGACCUCAGGGCCAACGGCCCCGAAGGGGACUACCACGGGGAGCGACCUCUCUCCAGGGACCACCUGUACCUGCCCCUGGAUCACGCGUACCGGGACUCAUCGCUCAGCCCCAGCCCUUGCAGCAGCAUCUCCUCCAGGAGCUGGUUCUCUGACGCCUCUUCCUGCGAGUCCUUCUCCCACAUCAACGACGACGUGGAACACGAGCUGAACGAGGCGGCCGCCCGCUUCACCCUGAGCUCGCCGCUCACUCCCCGGGGGCCGGGGCCAUGGCAGCAGCAGCAGCAGCAGCAACAGCACCACCACCCCGCCUUCAUCCACUCCCACUCCCUCACCCUCUCGCCACGGGGGUCCCCGUGCCACUCCCCGCGCACCAGCGUCACCGAUGAGAACUGGCUCAGCCCGCGGCCGCCCUCCCGCCCCUCCUCGCGGCCCACCUCGCCGUGCGGCAAGAGGCGCCACUCCAGCGCAGACAUCUGCUUCCAGGGCUCGCUGUCCCCGCACCACUCGCCCACCCCCACGCCGGGGCCCUCGCCCAGGGGCAGCGUGACCGAGGACACCUGGGGUGGAAGCCCCCAGGCCGGCAUGUCGCCCUUCCAGUUCUGUCCCUCCGAGGCCGACAUACCCUCCAAGACCAGGAAGACCUCCCAGGACAGGACGGUCAUGCAGGGGGACAUGGGUCUGGACGAGCAGGGGAGUAUGUCCCCACACCUGGACUCCCCGUCAGACGAGGGUCUGCACGGCAUGAAGAAGGACGCCGCCGGCGAGCAGUUCCUCUCCGUGCCCUCCCAUUUCACGUGGAACAAACCCAAACCCGGUCACACGCCUAUAUUCAGGACCUCGUCCCUGCCCCCUCUCGACUGGCCGCUCCCCAGCCAGUUUGGCCAGUAUGAGUUAAAAAUAGAGGUGCACCCCAAGGCUCAUCACCGGGCCCACUACGAAACAGAGGGCAGCCGAGGAGCCGUCAAAGCAACUUCCGGGGGCCAUCCUAUCGUCAAGUCUGGGAAUUAG